AUGCUUUCAAAAAGCGUUGACAACUCACAUGGGACAGAAGAAAUCGAACCCUAUGACGAUGUAGAUACAGGGAUUGAGAAUCUUGACCUCAAUGACAAAGGGAAGAUGAAUAGCAAUACAGAUAGUGCUGAUGAGACGAAACAAGCAGCGGAGAAGGAAUCAAGUUUACAACCAGAAAGGAUCUUGUAUAAAUGUACCAUGUCUACAGAUCCUUACGUUUGUAUCAUUCAAAACUUCCUGGAUUUCGAUGAGGUAGACCAGCUGUUGUCUUUGACUCAAGGCAAAUUCCUUCCCUCCUACAACGGACGAGGAUCGAGUAUGGACAUGUUGAAAGCUGACAACCCGUUCGACCACCUUCAACUAGAAGUCUCGGCCAACAGGACGUGCUUCUCCUGCACUCUCGAUCCCUCCAGCCACCCAGUGGCCCUCCGAGUGACCCAAAGACUUGCCUUCCUCGCCGAGUGCAGCGAGUCCCAUAUCGAGUGUCUCAACAUCCUCAGAUACCUGAAUGAUAUCCCGAGGGGAGGGGGAGGAGAGACGAGGUUCCCUCACCUCGGCUAUCGCUUCGUCCCGACCAAGGGGAUGGCUAUCAUGUGGAGGAACACUCUGCCGGAUGGCAACGCUGACUUGCGCAUGAUGCACGAAGCGUUGCCUCCAGUAUCACAAGUGAAGUUCGCCAUCAACUGCUUCGUCAACAAGAAGCCGACGUCCUACUCCUCUUGCAAUAAGCCAGAGACGUGCAGCAUCUGCCAAGAGUUUGGGGCAGCUUGA